AUGGUGUACCGGGAGAAUCAUACCCUGAUCACAGAAUUCUUUCUUCUGGGAUUUCAGAAUCUUCACAGUUUAAAGAUUCCACUCUUCAUUCUUCUUCUUGCUAUAUACAUCAUAACAAUAAGUGGGAAUGUUAUCAUUGUGCUCUUAGUGUCAAUCACAGGCCUUAAAAACUCACCCAUGUACUUCUUUCUCGGUCAUUUAUCAAUAUGUGAUAUACUGUUUAUUACAGUUAUUGUCCCCAAUAUGCUAAAAGUUAUAUUAGAAGAUGGAUGCAAAAUAUCCCAUUUUGGUUGCCUCACCCAACUUCAAAUAUCCGAAUGCUGUGGAGCCGCAGAAUGCUAUAUACUCACAAUAAUGUCUUACGACCGAUAUUUAGCAAUAUGUAACCCAUUAUUUUAUUCCUCUAUCAUGGUGUAUAAGUUAUGUUUCUCUCUGGUCAUCUGCUCCUGGCUGCUUAGCUUUCUCCUUGCUUUAAUUACUUGUAUAUUGAUCGAUGGCUUACAGUUCUGCAACUAUAGCAUGCUUGACCACUUUUUUUGUGAUGUCCUACCUCUUUUAGAGCUGUCUUGUUCGGACACCUCUUUGGUUAAAAUGGAAAUUUUUAUGGUCAUUCCAUUCAUAGCUGUCUGCCCAUUUGUGUUUAUCAUUGUCACAUAUGUCUAUAUCUUCGUCACCAUCCUUGGAAUCUCAUCCACCACCGGGAGACAGAAAGCCUUUUCCACGUGUAGCUCCCAUUUGACAGUUGUGUGCUUAUUUUAUGGGACACUCAUUAUUGUAUAUCUCAGUCCUUCGAGAGGGCACACAUUAAAUAUCAACAAGUUCACAUCCCUUUUUUACACUGUGGUAACUCCAUUGCUGAACCCCAUUAUUUAUAGUUUAAGAAACCAGGAAAUCAGAAAAUCUAUUACAAUAUUUUUCAGAAAGACAAAAUCUUGGGAGAUAAAGUCAUAA